GUUGUCGUCACCGGUGCCAACGCCGGUAUUGGCAAGGAAACCUGUCACGCACUGGCAUCCGCCGGUGCUACCGUCGUCAUGGCCUGUCGGAGCCGAGCUCGAGCGGAACAGGCCCGGCGCGAUAUUCUUUCCCGCGGCUCUUGCAACUCUUCCAUCAUUACCGAAUCCCAGCUUCCGAUUAUAGAAUUGGAUUUGUGUUCGCUCCGGAGCGUCCGCACCGCUGCCGCCCAAGUCCGCCGCGAGUAUCCGCGCAUCGAUAUCCUCAUCAACAACGCGGGUCUCAUGAUGGGGACUCAGCAAUUCACCGACGAGGACGGACUGGACGUCGUCAUGCAGGCCAACCACGUGGGUCACUACUUAUGGACGCGUUCUCUGUUGCCGAAUCUGGUGUCCCGCCGCGACGGCGUCGUACUGAACGUCACGAGC